AUGAGCGGACGACAUUUGGUGUCGCCUAAUCAUCUUCAACAACAGCAACAGAAUCCGGAAUCAAGUAUUAAUAAUAGAGGUCAUCAAGGUCAUUAUGCAGUGCACUCUUCACAACAUCCUCAUACAACUUAUGAAGAUGACAUCAUUGAACAUGAAGAUUUUGUUAAUGAUACAUCAACUAAAAUUGUUCAAAAUCGUUGUAAGCGAAAGCAGGUUCAAACUCAUGCACACAAGUAUAAUACGAGACAAAAUGUCCAUCGACUAUCUAAUAACUCACGGACAACAGCAGUUCAGUUCGAUUCUACCCAUUCGAUUCAAUCUUCUCAGUCAAAUCAAUGUAUGAAGUCUGAUCAGCUUAAUCAACAACAGGCAACAACAACAAUUGCCUCAACGUUAAAUAAUGAUCAAUUAACUGAAGAAGCUGAAAGGUUUGCUCGUACACGUUAUCCAUUUCCACCUUUUAUUGUUCGUUUUCCAUCAUCUAAUAUAAAAGAGCAGAAGGUGUCCGAAGAACUAUGUAAACAUUUAAAAGAUAAUAAACAACUUCAAUUAGAAUUAAUUGGAUACCGUCGUUCGACCCUUAAGUGCGCAGCAAACGAGUGUGAUAUAUUAUUGUUUGUUAAAGAUAGUCUUUCCUUUUCGUUUUUGUACAAUGACACGAAUUGGCCGACUACACUUCUUGGAUCGACCUUCAUUAGGCUAAAGUCACCGAGUAUUUCACCACAAUUAACUGUAAUUAUGAAAGGUGUCGGUCUGUCUGUCGAUAUGGAAGAUUUAACCACAGAACUGAGAUCAAUGUUUAGUAGCUUAGAAAAUGUUGUAAGAAUGAAAAAUAGAUUUCAACAAGAAAUUACCUUAGUAAAAUUAGAAUUUAAUUGCCCGGUGGAAAGAGAAAAUCUUUUAGGUGAUAGUAAAUUGCGUGCUUGUUCUAUUUCAUUUCCUGUGGUAGAAUAUCUAGCUCAAGCUAGAAUUGUAAUCUGUGGAAAAUGUUGUUCGAUUGCUCAUUUUCGUCGUCAGUGUCGACAGAAUGGUGAGACUUGUCGUACAUGUGGACAGACUAUGUCUGAUAUAAAACAGCAUUUACCUCUAUGCUCAAAACAACCACAUUGUAUACACUGUAAGCAAAAUCAUGCUAGCAAUGAUAUGAGAUGUAGUGAACGUUGUUGUCGAAAUGACUGUGCUGGUCGUGUACGUUUGGAUGGUGCAGGAUAUAUUAAAGUUACGGAUCAUGUUCAUGAACCAAAUUCUGAAGAAACAAUAUCAGUGGAAUUCAAAUCAAAUCUCAGUUCUGGUGCAAAAGCAUCACAUGAUCCACCACGACGUAUUAUUCAUCAAGCUUUGUUAAAUAGAAAUAAAAAUGACAGUUCAGCUGUUCCAAACUAUCCAUCUUCACAAUGA